GUGUGACACUUGGUUUCAGACACAAUUCCGUUUCCAGCAAUUUCUACGGUCGGAGUUAAAAAGCGACCGAGACUAUUCUAGAAGAAGUAGUGAGACUUAAGGACUGUGACCGUCAGAACAGAGAUACUGCGUUUGCAGACACUUUAAAAUUUGCCUCUCGCGGAAGUGAUCUUUGCAUUUUGGUUGGGAUCAUAGCACUCAAAUAACGUUGGUAGGUAAUAUUACAGUUUUUCCCGUUUGAACAACCAUGGCCAAAUGGGGAGAAGGGGACCCUCGCUGGAUUGUGGAGGAGAGAGCCGAUGCGACCAACGUCAAUAACUGGCACUGGACAGAGAGGGAUGUGACAAACUGGUCAUCAGACAAGCUGAAGGAGCUCCUCAUAGGGGUGCAUGUGGAAAAUGAUGAGGGAAGCUGUGAGGUCACAGAGGUCAGCAAGCUGGAGGGAGAGGCCUCUAUCAACAACCGCAAAGGGAAGCUCAUAUUCUUCUAUGAGUGGAACAUCAAAGCCAUGUGGACCGGAAGGUCAAAAACUGGAAUCAAAUAUAAAGGCAACAUAGAAGUUCCAAACUUCUCAGAUGAAAAUGACAUGGAGGAUUUGGAUAUAAGUGUGACGCUUUGCAAAGACGAGCCAGAAACUCCUCUUACUGGGCUCAUGAAAAAGGAGGGGGCGAAUAAAAUCCAAGUUGCACUGGGGAGCUACGUGGGUUACCUUAAAACAGAGUUUACUCAAGGCAUGAUCCUCCCCACGGCGAAUGGUGUGUGCAAGCAGCAGUCAUCACAGUCCAAGGCCAAAGUGGACAAAACCCAGAUUGGCUCAGGUAGCUCAGCCCCCCCACCCAGCACUGGGGUAAAGAUUCCCACCUGCAAGUUCAGCCUGAAGGAGACCUUUCUCACCUCCCCUGAGGAGCUCUACAGAGUCUUUGUCAACCAGGAGAUGGUCCAGGCAUUCACACAUGCAGCAGCAACAGUGGACCCACAGACAGGGGGAAAGUUUCGCUUGUUGGAUGGGAACGUCUUUGGAGAGUUCCAGGAGCUGGUUCCUGAACAAAAGAUUGUCAUGAAGUGGAGAUACAACACCUGGCCCUGUGAACAUUAUUCCACGAUCACCCUGAACUUUUUGGACCAUGGAAAUGAGACCGAACUGAAGUUGGAGUGCAAAGGGGUGCCAGUGAGCGAGGAGGAGAGUACAAAACGGGGUUGGCGGCAGUAUUACUUUGAGGCAAUCAAACAGACUUUUGGUUAUGGAGCGCAGCUCUACUGAAGACACGCUGCAUUGUAUUAUUCCUCUUAUAUGACUGAAGAAUUAGGAACUGCGCAAAAUGUAAAGAAAAAAAUGAAAAAUGUCAUUAGUUUAUGUGUUGAAACGCUUUCAUUUGUAGAUGUUAUUCUUCUAGCACCUGCUGUACAGCGAGUAUGAAUGAACGGUGCCUUUCAGGGUGGAAGAUCUUUACAGGCGCUACAACUCAGAGGGGUUGGUUGAGUUCAUAACAUGAGAGUGGGGAAAAAAAGGAAACCACUGAAUCAUUGUUUCUGAUGUAUAUAUUUAAAGAAAUGUUUUAUGCUUGCUUUGUCAUUUUUUACUUGCGCACAUUAAAUUUCAUAAAGUAUGUUGAUAUCAGUAAAUGUAAUUUUUCUUGAACUUUUGUUCUCUUUAAAGAUCACGUCACUGGUUCUAUAUGAAUGUCCAUCUUCUUAAGUACUGUGUUCAUAUCUGAUGUUUGUGUUCAUACCUGAUGCUACCUUUGAAGCCAGAACUCAAACCCAGGUAUUAAGUCAACCUUCAGACAAGUGCAAGGCACUGUGCUGUUCCCUGUCCAAUUUGAAUCAUGUUAAUUUUAUUUGGUUCUUUGCAUUUGGAUGAGACUUUAUUUUCUUCUAGGAAAUGAACUAUAAAUCAGGCUACAACUGAAAACUGUAAUUAAAUAAAAUGACUUCUAAUUAGAAGCCUAAAAAAAUGUGUUGCUGUGAACAUAUUUCCUAUGCAGACUCCUCAUUAUAGUUGUAAUGCAGAGGACUAUCCUUUUGGUUUGUUACAAAAUGUAUAUAUUUGAAGAAGUAAUAUAUGUUCUUUGAGAGCAUAGUUAACCAUGUUUUAAUUUAUUUCAAUAUUUCAACCUCUGCAGUAUUCUUUGUGACAUGACCCCACUUCUUACAAUAAAAAUCUUUCAUUCUC